CCCACGCCCCUGCCUCGCGCGCCGCCCGCGCCAUGAAGCACAUCCCGGUGCUCGAGGACGGGCCCUGGAAGACCGUGUGCGUGAAAGAGCUCAACGGUCUCAAGAAGCUCAAGCGGAAAGGCAAGGAGCCGGCGCGGCGCGUGAACGGCUAUAAAACUUUCCGAUUGGACUUGGAAGCGCCCGAACACGGCGCCGCCGCCACCAACGGGCUGCGGGACAGGACCCAGCGGCUGCAGCCCGUCUCGGCCCCGGUGCCCGCCCCGGCGGCGCCGGCCGUUCCUUCAGGUGGGGCCUCGGACGCUGCGGGGGAGCGCGGAGGCGCCCGGGCGCCGGAGGUCUUGGACGCGCGAAAACGCGGCUUUGCUCUGGGCGCGGUGGGGCCGGGACUCCCCACGCCGCCGCCGCCGCCGGCACCCCAGGGCCAGGUACCUGGAGGUCCCGACGCACCGCCUUUCCGAGAGCCCGGCUUGCGCCCCCGCAUCUUGCUGUGCGCGCCGCCUGCACGCCCCGCGCCGUCCGCGCCCCCCGCGCCCCCGGAGUCCUCCGUGCGCCCCGCGCCCCCCACGCGCCCUGGGGAAAGUUCCUACUCGUCAAUUUCACACGUAAUUUACAAUAACCACCCGGAUUCCUCCGCGUCGCCUAGGAAACGGCCGGGCGAAGCUACCGCCGCCUCGUCGGAGAUCAAAGCCCUGCAGCAGACCCGGAGGCUCCUAGCGAACGCCAGGGAGCGGACGCGAGUGCACACCAUCAGCGCCGCCUUCGAGGCGCUCAGGAAGCAGGUGCCAUGUUACUCAUAUGGGCAGAAGCUGUCCAAAUUGGCCAUCCUGAGGAUUGCCUGUAACUACAUCCUGUCCCUGGCGCGGCUGGCUGAUCUCGACUACAGCGCCGACCACAGCAACCUCAGCUUCUCCGAGUGCGUGCAGCGCUGCACCCGCACCCUGCAGGCCGAGGGACGUGCCAAGAAACGAAAGGAGUGACCAGCCAUAGGCUAGACCAAGGACGUUGCUGUGGGCCCUCAUCCCAGUCAAGCCCAAGGAGCAGGUGAGCUUGUCAAGUCCAGCCUCAUCUUAUCCAGGAUGCCAACAGACGCUCAGACCACCACUCUCAGGGUCUCAGGAGCACAGCUGCCUUCCUUUCAUCCUCCUGUCUGCCACCAGCCACUCCUCGGCGACUUUGCACUUUGCUCUCUGCCUGGUUGGGAGGGGAGAGCUCAGUCUUCCCCUUGCACAGGGCCUGAGGUUCACCGUCCAGCUGUGGAAAUUCAUUGCCAAAGAUUUGACAGAGACAUUAAACAAAAUGUGGUGAUAAAACUCCACAACGAAAAGCCACACUAUUACUCUAUGACUUUCGCUCCUGUUACUGCCCGGGUCCCAACUCAAGCCAAAGUUGAAUCAACAGUUUUACUAGAAACCAUGGAAGGAGUGGACAUUUGGUGACCAUCGGAAACGCUUGAUCCUCUGAGCCGGAACUCUUUUUCUACACUUGGGCUCUGUGCUGCCUGGGUGCAAGACAAGCCGCCUGAGGUCUGUGAGAGGGAGGCUGAGUGCUACAGGGAGUACAGUACGAAAGCCCAGUCCCCUUCUCUUCCUCCCACUGGCUGCCUAUCCUCUGACUCUGAUUGUCAAUGUUCCCUGGGCCCGGGCUCCUUCUUGGGUCCGGAGAGUCAUGCAAAGUGUGUAAGGAGUGAAAAGAAGCAAUAUUGACCACCCCUUACACACCAUGGGGACUCGCCCCAAGGCAGCCUACCUAAGGGGCUUUGCUCCCCUGGUUGGUUCCAGUCAGCCCUUCCCCACUGGUGGCCCGCCCUCCUGCAGGGUGGUAAGAUGGCACUGCUUGGAGGUCAGUGGCCUUUACACGUUGUACAGGAGGGCAGAGGAGAGAAAGGGCUCAGGGGAAUGGGCCAGAAUGUGUGGGAGGGGUUCAAAGCCAAGGCCUGCUUCUUCCUGUGCUCAAAAGGCCAAAACUGUUCACAUCUGUGCUCAACCAUCUGCUUCAAAUUGAAGUAAAAGCCCUAACAUGUAAAGAAAGCACUUACUUGUGUUGAGUGGACUCUGUGGGUGACCGGGGCUUUGGCCGGUCAGCUGGGGGGGCCUUGUAGGGGAGAAGAGAGGUUGGUCUCCGCUUAGAGUUGGGAAUGCCUUCAGGAAAUGGGCAGUGUGUGUGUGUGUGUGUGUGUGUGUGUGUGUGUGUGUGUGUGUGUAAGGGAAAGGGGAACCCUCUCCAUGGCCUCAGCCUAGACUAGUGACCAGCAGGCCUGGUCAGGAACUCGUGGAGAGCCUUCUCUGUUCUAUACCUCACUUAGUCCAUACCAGUGAUUACAAAUGAGGAAACAUGAGGCCCCAAAGAGACAGGCCAGUCAAUGACAGAACCAGCUUUCAAGUCAGGAUGACCUCAUUCCAAAUCUUGAGUUCUUUACCCCUUUGUGGCCCCUAAAUCCAGUCCCAUCCCAAAGUCUUCAUGUGGUAUUGUCACAUCACUUCAUCUAAGACAGAGACAGUGGAGACUCAUUGGGGAUGGGGAAGAGGGUAUUAAGGUAAGGACUAGGAAGAGGCUGCCAGUGAGGAAGGGCUGUGUGGGAGGCCUAGGGCUGCCCAGGGAUAGGGGAGGUGAUGAGGGAAGAAGUCUAAGCCAUUGCAGGAUGCACGUCUGUAACUUGGUUUAGCCUGGUGUUGCCCUCUCUUAUUUACUUCUCAGGCUCCUGAGCUAGAGCAGGAAUAUCUGUGGUGAAAUUGGCUGUAGGGAACCUCUUCCUUCAUGCUAGUAUUUCCCAGGCAUGGCCCUUUGCUAAGGACUGAGGUGGUAGGCUGAUCCUGGUUCUGGGGCUGAAGCUGUCUCAGCAUGCCUCAUGGCAAAAAUGCUCUAGAAGCAGGCAGAGAAAGUGGGCUUGGAAUGGGGACAAUUAGGAAGGAGACAGAAGUCGCCUGGGACUCCAAGCACAUGUCAAAGCUCCAGUUGUCCCUCUGAGCCUCUGAGUAACCUUGAUGACACUUCCUAGGGAAGCAGGAGCUGUGGGCCAACCAGCAACAAACAACACAAGAGGACCCUUUCUGUUACUAAAGGGUGGAGGGAGUCCCCCCAUCCUGCAGCCCAUGGGCCAGACACAUGACUUACUGCCCAGAAACCACCUAUGACCUCUACUCCCCAGCCCUCUCUUGUUCAUGGCUUUCAUUACAUACUUCCUUGCAUUCUGAAGUACCUGUUGGGCUUUGCCUGCAUAUCAGACACUAAGCUAGGUGUUGGGAAUAGAGAAGAUGGGUAGUUCCCACCUUCACAGAGCUCAAGGGUCUGUAAAGACAAGCAAAUUAAUUAUGACACAGUUAGAUGAAUAGCAUUUUGAGAGUCUUGGGGGAAAAAAGAAACAUUAGCACUCUGGAUGGUGUAAGGAAGGACUUUCCUAGAAAGGGGCCUUGUGAGAUGGGUCUUGAAGGAUGAGUAGAAGUUUUCUGUGCAGAAGAGUAAAAGUAGACUUUCUAUGUGGAGAAAUACUCAAUUCUGGCAGGAUGUUGGAAUCACCCAAGGGGAUUAUUAAAUAUUGAUAUAAAAUAUUAACACCAAAUUCCCAUCUCCGGAGAUUCUGAUGUAUUGGUUUGGUAUUUCGGACCAAUCCCUGGGCAUUGGGGUUUUUAAAAGCUCCCUAGUUCUUUCUAAUGUGCAAGUAAGUUUGAGAGCCACUGACUCAUGUCUCUGACAAGAAAGUGAUUUAGAAUCACUGAUAUAGGGUACAGUCUGUGUGAGAUAUGUCACACACACACACACACAAACACACAUACACACAUCAUUAAAAGUCCAUGCUUUUCUUUUCCAGAUUUGUCUCCAGUAGAUCAGCUUGUAUUUUGUGUGCACGUGCAAAGCCCCCCCAUUUGCACACACUCUUUCAAGUGUGCACACACACUCAUCCAAAAACACUUGCAUACAUUCCCAGGUAAGGGAAAUCCAUUUCAGAGAGAUUCACAUUUCAUUGGUAGUCUUCCAAACUGUUCUGUAGAAGCAGUCACGCUUCAGACAGAAAUCUUGAAGAGCCACCCUCAUGGGCCUUGUGAGGCCAUUUCCCAGCUGAGGGACUGUAGUCAGUCAUCUAUAGUUUUUUGGGGGGGACACCCUCCUUGCUUUGUUGUUUGCUCUGGGUCCUGGCCCCAAUUGCCAUUGAUGGCUCAUCAGCCACCAGUCACAGAGGACAAAGAGACCUUCUCAGGAAGCCCCCUAGGGGGCUUGUGUGCAUGUCUGCAUGGGAGGUGCAAGUAUGUACAUAUUGGUCCCCGCAGACUAAACCACAAAGCAUGGCGCUGGAGUCAGAGAUCUUCCAUCUCACAGGCAAGUCUUAAGAGACUCUCUGAACACCCUGCUGCACUGUGUCCUGGUUGCGGCCGACAGUCCCAGAAAAGAUGUUUAAGUUCUGAGGAGUGGGCUCCACAAAUCUUGGGGCCUCUUUCUGAGCUCACAGGUUGAUCAAGGGCCCUAUUGGAUCCCUGCUCCCUGCACUGUACUCUCCCUGUGCCUUUGGUCACCACUGCAUCCUGGGCCAGCCUCCUUUCCCUCCCUCCAUCUCACCAAGGACCUCGUCCUAUGUCCUGUUUCUUUUCUAGACCCCUCCCUCACCCAUCUCCCCUUUCUCAGGAGCCAGUGAGGAACAAGAAUGCAUGGACAGUUCUUGGGACUGGGUGCUGGGCAGUGUAGCCUUGAGUAGGGACUGGGCUGGAGUUUUCAGAGUCCCCCAGGGUAAAGACAUGGGUGCAGCAAGUCAUGAAAACCCAGGCCUGUGCUAUGCUUGGUCUGUCUGCUUGGGGGCUGGAUCAGGGCCUGCCUUCACCCACCAUGCUCCAUGUUCCUGAGCUACUAUGUGGUUGCCAGCUGCUUGGAUGAUAACAGCCUGGCCUUUUCAGAGCAAGACUCAGACAUGUCCAAAUGUUUCCUUCAGGUGGAUUUAUAUUGCCAUUCUCACUCUGAACUCUCGCUGCUACCCACUGUCACAGCUGAUUUCUGUUUCCAGGCUCUAAGAAGACAAGGAGCUAUUUGGACAUAUGUCUAAUCUCUGGAUGGCGCUAUGAAUUCCUAGAGGGCAAAGAUUGAGUCUAAUUCAUCUCCAGAUCCUCAAAAAGACUUGUGAAAUGUAUAUAUUGGUUUCUUUGUUGAAUGGAUGAAUAAAAAAUGGAAAAUAUGGUAAUUCACCCAUUAGUUUUCUUCCUUCCACAAAUAACUACCAAAACAGCUAAUUUGUUCAAGACCUUGACAGAAUAGGACACAGACCUUUUCCAAGGUCUCAAAGGCUCAAAAGGAGACAGUCCAGAGUAGAGUGGAGCCUGGACUUGGGGCUUUUAGCUUUUCAUGUGACCGAGCCUUUGAGAACUGAGGUCCUGCAAAGAGGGUGACUUCCUAGCUCGUGUACAGGGCUUGGCGCGG